AUGACAACACAACUGGAAGAAGCUAGAGGAAUGUGUGAAGAAAUAAAAUUAGAUCUUGAAGAUAAGAAAAGAAGAUGUGAGGAAUUAGAAUCAGAAAUAGGAGUCAAAGAAAAGAAGUGUAAAAACCUAAAGGAUGAAGUGGAAAAGCUCACAAAAGAGCUUGAGAAGUGCCAAGAUGAUCUCAAGCUAAGAAUGAAGUUUGAAGGCAACACCAGUGCAUUGAACAAUAUGUUGGUUAAGAAAAAGAAAAAUAAGGAUUCCAUAGGCCUAGGAUAUGAAGUUGGCCAAUGUUCUACUAGCAAGGAUUCAUCCAAGAAGGAUAUACACUUUGCUUCUUCAAGUGAUAAUGAUAAUAGACAAACCUUCACGAUCAAGAAUUCCCCAAGGAAGAAGAUAGAUCUGACUACAAGUGUCGAACACAUGAAGAUAAAGACAGAUGAGCAGGUUGAUGUGAUAGCUCUGAAAUAUGUAAGGGUUGAGGUUACUACAGCUAAGGGAGAAGAUGAAGGACAGACGAAAGUUGAUAUAGUUGACGGAACUCAAAUCCCUAUGGCUGUCACUAUUGAGCCUCUAGAGAGGGAAGCUAAGAAGGAGAAGGUAGAGACCAAGGUUGAGCAGAUUUUGGUGGCAAGAGACGUUGAGGAUUUAGCAAAGGGGAAGCAGAUUGUGAGUGACCCAUAUUUCAUUCAAGGCCCUAUCAAUAUUGACUCUCUGUCCCCCAUCCAAAGGCUCCAAUUGGCCACUUUUGCACAGGCCAAAGCCAACAUAGAUUUAAUGAAGUCUCAUAAAAAGGAUUGUGAGCUUAUGUUAAUGGCAACUAGUGUUCUUGAGAAAUUUUUGCCAUCUUUCAAGGACACAUCCAGUACACCCUCCAAUCAGCUCAAAAGCUUGCUCAAAUCAAUUGAUUCUCAUUUUGUAUCAUUGAAGAAAGAUACAGAGGCAAAAUUAAUCAGUGUUUUUAAUGCCAAAAGGAUGAGGACAGUUCUGAGGAUGAUUAGUGGUGACAAAACCAAACUGGUUUCUUGUGUUAAAAGCAUUCAAGAUGCAUUGGUUGAAGGUGGAAAAAUCUACAAAUUAUGUCUCUUAUUGCUUAAGUUCACCAUAGAGAUUGAGAAGAAGAUAAAAGAGCAUGAAGUGAAUUUGGCCAACCUAUCCCAAUCAUUUGAUCCUCAGUCAAUUUUUGUAAGCAAGAAGGAAGAUCAAGUAAUAUCCUUACUUGAUAAGAUCAAAAGCCUAAAUCAAGAGAAGGACAAAAUUGUUGGGAGAGUUAGAGAGCUAAGAAGUCUUAUCACUCCCCAGUUGGAUAGCUUUCUGAGUAGUCUACAGGAUGCUCAUAAUGCAAAUAAAAGUGCACCUAUAGAUCUUAGGGCAGCAAAGAUGCAAGCCUAUUUGUUUAGCGCCCUCAUAUCCAUUUUUUAG